AGCGGCAGGGGCGAAGGACGCCUGGAAGGGACAGCGGGCGAUGGAGAUCGUGGGGGCGCAGCAGCAGGGGCCCGCCGGGCGGAAGAGGGUGCCCAACCGCGAGAGGCCCACGGCCGAGGACGAUGCCCUUAACCAGAUCGCUCGCGAGGCUGAAGCAAGACUCGCGGCAAAGCGUGCAGCUCGAGCUGAAGCACGAGAAAUCCGAAUGAAGGAACUUGAGAGGCAGCAAAAGGAGAUCUAUCAAGUUCAAAAGAAAUAUUAUGGUCUGGACACAAAGUUUGGUGACAUCGAGCAGUGGAUGGAAGACAGUGAGCGUUACACCCAUAAAUCCAGAAGAAAUGCCUCGGCUUCGGAUGAAGAUGAGCGCAUGUCAGUGGGUAGCCGUGGAAGUCUAAGGAGUGACUUGGAUUAUGCCAGUGCCUAUCCAGUGGCUGGAUUAGAGAAAGAGAGGACCAAAAGGAGGAACUUCAAAACAACAAAUGGUUAUGAAGAAGACAUGUAUCGUUCAUCCCAGAAUAGAAAAUCUAGUAGGGCUUCCUGCUAUUCUGACCUUAGUCUUCAUUGCAGUGAUUUUCCUUCCCAAUCCCAGCCUUCAGCCCAAAAUGGAAACCGGGCAUCUCUGUAUGAUGAGAACUUUAACAGUGGGAAUCGUCGGUAUAGUGCCUCUAGUUCACGUCCUGCUUCGGAGUACAGUUGCUACCUGGGCUCAGGAUCUCGAGCUUCUUCUAGAGCUAGUUCUGCUCGUGCAAGUCCUGUGGUUGAAGAAAGGCCUGAAAAAGACUUUGAGAAGGGAGUUCGCACUGUUUCAAGUUUGUCAGCAGCUACGCUGGCCUCUCUAGGUGGAACUUCUUCCCGACGAGGCAGUGGGGAUACCUCCAUCUCAGUUGAUACUGAAGCAUCUAUUAGAGAAAUUAAGGAUAUCCAUGAGUUAAAGGACCAGAUUCAGGAUGUAGAAGGAAAAUACAUGCAGGGAUUGAAGGAAAUGAAGGACUCGCUAGCUGAAGUUGAAGAGAAAUAUAAGAAGGCUAUGGUGUCAAAUGCUCAAUUGGAUAAUGAGAAAACCAAUUUCAUGUAUCAAGUAGACACCCUAAAGGAUGCAUUGUUGGAACUGGAAGAACAGCUUGCAGAAUCCAACAGACAAUAUGAAGAGAAAAGUAAAGAUUUUGAGAGGGAAAAGCAUGCUCACACGAUAUUGCAGUUUCAGUUCAUGGAAGUCAAAGAGGCUUUGAAGCAGAGAGAAGAACUACUUGCAGAAAUCCGACAACUACAACAGAAACAAGAGGGCUAUGUAAGGGAAAUGUCUGAUCUUCAGGAGACAAUAGAUUGGAAAGAAAAAAAGAUAGGGGCUUUAGAGAGGCAGAAAGAGUUCUUUGAUACCGUAAGAAGUGAGCGAGAUGAUCUUAGAGAGGAGGUGAUUGUGCUGAAGGAACAAUUGAAGCAACAUGGAAUAAUCCCCAACUCAGAAGUAGCUACCAAUGGAGAAUCCUGUAGUGGUCUUGAUAAUGAUGGACUAUCAAGUUCUUCCAAGAUUGUUCCAGGGACAAGUCAUGUCCCUGAGGUAACUGGGGAUGGUACACUAGGCAGAGCCAAUGAAGUGGAGAUGAAAAAUGAGAUUAUGGAGAAUGUGGGGAAAAGAGAACCAUUGCAGAAUACUGAGCAUGAGGAACACACAGAGGAGACUAAGGAGCAGGAAAUUGUGCAGGAAUGUUCGGAAAUAAAGACGUUGCAUGCUGAUGAAACUGCGGAGGCAGAGAAAAUCAAUGAAGGCAAAGUUGCAUCAACAUUGAUAUUAAAUAGUGGACCCGAGGAAUCAGAUAAAAGUCAUUCAGAGCAUGUUCCAGGAAUUGUUUAUUCCCUUGAAAGCAGUGAUGCAGUUGAAUUUAGGGGUGAAGGGGGGCCACUUGGUGAUACCACAGAAAUGAAAGAGCCUGAUGGAAAUGUUGUAAAUACAGUUGGUAAUCAGAAUAAAAUAGCAGGUCCAGGCAUUAAGGUUAAUCAGGAAAUAAACACAGAUAUAGAAAUAAUUCCCCAAGAGCAAAAUAAAGAAAAGCAAACAGAUAUUGUUACUAAUGAGACAGAAGGCAAUAAUAAUGAAGUAUUUGAGGAAGCUUUGGAUUUUGUGAGUAACAGCCACAUGAAAACUACUAGUCAGCCAGAAUCACCAGAAUUGUUGCCAAGUAUUGACCCUAAUGUUGAACAAAACAAAAUGGUUGAGAGUGAUUUGGAUAGACAGCUUGAUAAAAAUGAAGGUAUUACAAUAACUGAUGAAGCUGAGUGGGGUAAAAAUGAAGCAGGUGUCAUUAAUCAAGAGAAUGAGACAGACAAUGUAGUCCAGCAGCAGAAGAACAAACUAGUAGCUUCUGCAGUAGAACUACCAGGAACUGGGAAACAAAAGCAAGUUGAAAUUGAAGAAAUCCAGGCCCUGUUUUCAAAACAGGAUAUAUUUGUUGAAGAGGAACAAAAUGAGCAAGAGACAGAAGCAAGAGAAGAUAAUGCUGAAGAGAGUCCUGCUAAAGUGACAGAUCAAACAGAAGCUUUGUUCAAAGCACCAGAAGCCUGUUUAGAUUCUGAGAAAUAUGAGCAAAAUGCCAUGAAGCCGCUUCUUACAGAAGAAACUGUUGAAGACAAUGUAAAUCACAGUGAAUGCCAGACUCAUGAGGAAAGGAAUGUAGGCCUAGAAGAGGAUUCAGGAGAAAGCAAAUCAGAAUUCAUAGAUGUUGGCAAAGCUUUGGCAGAUAUAGCAACAAUACAAGAUGAGACUACUCAAGACUCAACUAUAAUUGCAAGUAUAAUAACUGAAGAUGUUGAAGUUCACAAAAGGAAUGAAGAGGACAGGAAUCAUGGAAAGGCCGAGGAAAAAGUUCUUGAAGUUUUGUCUGAUAGGGAAGAGGGUGUUUGUCUCAUAUCACAGAAGGCUGAAGUCAGUGAUCAAGAGGCUGACAAUGAAGAAUAUCAUGAAGCAUUUGAUUUUGAAGAAUCGUCUUCUGGAGCACUUAAGACUACUGAAAUGAGUAAUAAACAGGGUAAUGAAUCAGAGAAAGUUAUUCACCAAAUGCAAGAGAAAGAUGGGAUUGCAGAAAGUGGAGAGCAGAAUGUAAGCAAAGAGGUCUAUGAAAAAGAAUGUAAAGAUAAAGAAAGUCUUGCUGAUGAAAAGAAAAAGGAGGAAAUAUACCAAACCUCAGCAGAUGAAGUGGUAGAUAAGGUCAUGUUGACUGAAAGUGAAAAUAUUCAGCAGCAGAAAGGAAAGGAAUUUGCUGAACAUUUGCAGACUGAUCCUUCUGUUUCCUGUUCCUCAGAGGCACAGUGUGAAAUAUUGGAAGACACAAACACAAAGAUAUUAGAUGAAAUUAAUUCAAAACAAAUUGCUGAAUAUACAUCAGAGCAGUUGGCAAAGCUAGAGAGUUCUGUGGAUGAAGACCAAGAGGAAGCCCUAGUGGGUAAGAAGGGUAAAGGUAAAUCUCGGGAAGAUUGUGUUAUAUCAUAACCUCAGGUCAUUGUUGCAUGUUACACACCAGCUAUGUGGUAAGUUACAAAGCAAAAAGGCUCAUAUAUAUCAAAGAUGAAAUUGUUUAACUUCUGAUUCAUUUAAAAGGAAGAGAUCUGCAAUGGAUCUAGUUGCACACUCUAAAUCAGGGAAAUCCGGUGUCCUACAGAUGCUUUAGAUUACAACUCCCAGAAUCCCUUACCAUUGGCCAGACUAGUUGGGAAUGAUAGGAGUUGUAGUCCCAAACAUCUGAAGGGUACUAGGUCACCUAUUCCUGCUCUAAAUACAUUUAUACAACUCAUUAUCUGUAUCAAUAAUGAAUGUAUAUGAAGGUUUUCUUACCUCUCAGAUUUAAUUACUGUUUAUCUAACAAAGUGCUUCCACCAAGCCUACAAUACUAGCUAACAACUGUCAGACACAUUUAUAUUUGAUUCAAAUUUGAAUAAAGCACUGUAGCUUCAGUAUCUUUUUAAAAUGCUGGUAAUUUGCAGGAGAAUGAUAAAAUUGCACUUUGAACACAUUUCUUGUUGAAACAUUCCAAAUUAAUGUAACUUCUAUUGCCAAAAGAUAGCUAGAUCAGUAUGGGAAUGUUGUGUAAUGUAGAAUUAAUGAAAAGAACCUGUAAGUGAAGAAAUGUUGGUUGCUUAAUAGGAGUAAGUGUACGCCUCAACCAUUUCAUACCAAAUCACUGGGUUGAAUCCAGAACAAGUUAGUUGCACUUAGAUUCCUUUGAAAUCAGCAGGACGUAAGUAAGCAUGACAACCUUUUCAUACAUAUGUGACUGACUUGUACUGGAUCCAACCCACUGUAUAUCUUAUGUUUAAGAAUGUUUCAGUUCACAUUGUGCUUAACCUUUUUAUCAAGUAAUAUUUACUAUGAAUUAUAUAACAAAUCUGUUUUCUUAAGAAUUUAUAUUAUAUGCUCUAUCCACUCCACCCACCCCAGCAAUACAUGUAAAUGAAUAUUUUGUAACAUCCUGAACAUUUACCCCUUCCUCUCUGCUGGAAUAUAGGGAAAUUUUAAUGUCUUUAUGAAUGCCUUAAUAACUAUUUAAAACUAAAAAUCACCGGUUAAUGGCAACUGCUGUUGAAUGCAUAAAAUGCCUUCUUAAAUUUGCUGCCUUUAAAAAAAAAAAAACAAAUGUAUAAAUUGAUUUGAAUAAUGAAUCAAAUAAAGAUGUUUCUCAAUGUUUACUAACUAUGAGUAUUUUUAUCGCAUAAAGAAAUAUUCUAAGUGUUGUUUUAGGCUAUCAGAAUUAAGGGAAGAUGCAAAUUUUGGACAUUUGUACAGCUAUAAUGGUAUAACAAAUAAUAAAUGUAUUUCUUCGAUGCAAGUAAUAACACACAAAACAAAAUAUGUCUCACUGAGUUGUAUAUAAUAAACAUUUUAUACUGUAAAAUGUCUUCACCUUGUGUUUAUAGAGCUGCUUACAAUUAAACUGAUACUACCCCUAAUAUUUUUCUACAAAUUUAUUUCAACAUUUAUCUAGCUGGUAUCUACCUGCUUUUAUUUGUCGUGUUGUUGCAUUCUUAGAUGUGGCAGUUCUUCACAAAAGCAAAGCAUCUGUUCUAAGUCAGCAGUAUAGGCUUUCAAAUUGGUAACUUCAAACUUACAUAAAAGAGAGACUUUUUCUGAGAAAAGGAUUCCCAGGCUAUGAGCAGUAAAGUUAUGAAACAGUAUUUGAAAUCUUGGUACGCAUGAUCCACAGGUUUGAAUGCCUAGGACAAUUUCAAGCAUCAGUUUGCAAAAAGGACAGGAUUGAGCAUUGAUACCCACAUUUCCAAAGAGAUGCUAUCUCUUCCUUCCUUGAACAUCAGCAAAGCUAAAGCUUCUAAUUUUUCUUGCCUUUCGUCCUGGUGCCUGCAUUGAGAAUAUGCCUGGCUCAUAGGGAAAGUGAAUGCAGCAGACUUGGGUCUGAUUGCAUGGCCUGGAGCACAUUCCUGUUGUAGACAAGGCUUCUAGGAAUGUGACUGCAUGGACUCCACUCACCCUUUGUGUUCAUAGAGUCCUAUGUAAUGCAAGAAAUUACAUUUAAUGUAAUUACAUUCUCAUUUAAUGCUUGUUCAUCCAUUCCACUCAUGGAUGUGUAAUUAACGGUAGCAGGUGUAUGCAUACUUCUGACAAACUAGGGAUAUAUAAGUAAAAUUGGUUAUGACGGAUUUUGUAUGU